UAUUCUGAGGUGUUGAGAGAGUUGGAGGAAAUCUCGGAGAGUGUACACCAGGACAGGCGCAAUACACUCUUACGCAGUCAACUCAGGAAAUGUCCCCAGACUUGCAAGUCAGCCAAGGAGAAGCUAAAAACGGAUAAAACUAAUCAAAAAAGCAAUGAGAGACCAGGAAGAAAAAUAGAGGUAAAUAUUGAACCAGGGAAGGAUGCAGAAAAGGGUAAAGAUAAAUUGAAAGAGGAAGCUACACUAAUGAAGCAGAAAUUGGGGACUUUUGAGGAAGAAAAGAGCCGUAUAGAUGAUAAGGAUGAGGAGAAAGAGCUUAGCAAAAUCAAUGAUACGAACUCUUGUUAUGCUGGUACUUAUUUUCAUUCUUCAUUCUCUGAUGAUGAUAAUUGGAGUAGUAUUUCCUGUGACGAAGAUGAGGAAACAGAAGGUGAACCGGACUUCAUUAACAAGAUGCAUACCGUUGGUGAGUAA